AUGGUUGCCUUGACCCUGGCAGAGGAGAGGAGCAGCCCCUCCCACUCCCCCACUGUCCAGCCCCCACUAGCUCCCCCACUGUCCCCCCUCCCAUUCCCCCCCCACUGUCCAGCCUCCUUCCACUCCACCACUGUCCAGCCCCCAACCCCUCUGUCCAGCCCCUUCCCUCCCCCCCCACUGUCCACCCUCCCCACCCCACUGUCCGGCCCCCACUUCCACUCCCCCACUGUCCAUCCCCUUCCCCACUGUCCAGCCACCUCCCACUCCCCCACUGUCCAGUGCCCUCCCACUCCCCCCCUACUGUCCAGUCCCUUCCCACUUCCCCCCUUUCCAGCCCCCUCCCCCAAUGUCCAGCCCCCUUCCACUCCCCUACUGUCCAGCUUCUUCCCACUCCCCCACUGUCCAGUCCCCUCCCCCCACUUCCCCACUGUCCAGCCCCCUCCUCCCCUACUGUCCAGCCCCUUUUCCCUCCACACUGUCCAGCGCCCUACCCCACUGUCCAGUCCCCUCCCACUACCCCACUGUCCAGUCCCCUUCCCCACUGUCCAGCCACCUCCCACUCCCCCACUGUCCAGUGCCCUCCCACUCCCCCACUGUCCAGUCCCCUCCCACUUCCACACUGUCCAGCCCCCCCCCCACUGUCCAGCCCCCUUCCACUCCCCUACUGUCCAGCUUCUUCCCACUCCCCCACUGUCCAGCCCCCUCCCCCAAUGUCCAGUCUCCUUCCACUCCCCCACUGUCCAGCCCCCUCCCCACUAUCCAGCUCCCUCCCACUACCCCACUGCCCAGCCCCCUCCCAACUGUCCAGCCCACUCCAACCCCCUCUGUCCAGCCCCUUCCACUCCCACUCUGUCCAGCCAACUCCAACCCCCUCUGUCCAGCCCCCUUCCACUCCCACUCUGUCCAGCCCACUCCAACCUCCCUUCUGUCCAGCCCCCUUCCACUCCCACUCUGUCCAGCCCACUCCAACCCCCUCUGUCCAGCCCCCACUCCACUUCCACUCCCACUCUGUCCAGCCCACUCCAACCCCCCUCUGUCCAGCCCCCUUCCACUCCCACUCUGUCCAGCCCACUCCAAUCCCCCUCUGUCCAGCCCCCUUCCCUCCCACUCACCCUCUCCAACCCCGCUCUGUCCAGCCCCCCACUGUCCAGCCCCCUCCCACUCCCCCACUGUCCAGCCCCCUCCCCACUGUCCAGCCCCUCCCACUUCCUCUCUGCCCAGCCCCCUCCCCACUGUCCAGACCCCUUCCACUCCCUCUCUGCCCAGCCCUCUCCAACCCCGCUCUGUCCAGCCCCCACUGUCCAGCCCCCUCCCACUCCCCCACUGUCCAGCCCCUCCCCACUGUCCAGCCCCUCCCACUUCCCCUCUGUCCAGCCCAUCCAACCCCCUCUGUCCAGCCCCAUCCCCUACCCUCCAGCCCCUCCUACUCUCCCCACUGUCCAGCCCACUCCAACCCCCUCACUGUCCAGCACCCUUCCACUUCCUCACUGUCCAGCCCACUCCACCCCCCCCACUGUCCAGCCCCUCCCACUCCCCCACUGUCCAACACCUCCCACUUUCCCACUGUACAGCCCCUUCCACUCCCCCACUGUCCAGCCCACUCCACCCCCCCCCACUGUCCAGCCCCUCCCACUCCCCCACUGUCCAGCUCCCUCCCACUCCCCACUGUCCAGCCCCUCCCACUCCCCCACUGUCCAGCUCCCUCCGACUCCCCCACUCCCUUCCCUACUGUCCAGCCCCCUCCCCCACUGUCCAGCUCCCUCCCACUCCCCCACUGUCCAGUCCCCUCCCACACCCCUACUGUCCAGCUUUCUCCCACUCCCCACUGUCCAGUCCCCUCCCACUCCCCUACUUGCCAGCCUCCUUCUACUCCCCCACUGUCCAGCGCCCUUCUACUCCCCCACUGUCCAGCGCCCUCCUCCCCUACUGUCCAGCCACCUUCCCCUCCUCACUGUCCAGCCCCCUCCCCCACUGUCCAGCUCCCUCCCACUCCCCCACUGUCCAGUCCCCUCCCACUCCCCUACUGUCCAGCUUCCUCCCACUCCCCCACUGUCCAGUCCCCUCCCACUCCCCCACUUGCCAGCCUCCUUCUACUCCCCACUGUCCAGCCUCCUUCUCCCCACUGUCCCCCCCACUGUCCAGCCCCUCCUCCCCUACUGUCCAGCCCCCUUCCCCCCUCACUGUCCAGCGCCCUCCCCCCCACUGUCCAGUCCCCUCCCACUACCCCACUGUCCAGUCCCCUUCCCCACUGUCCAGACACCUCCCACUCCCCCACUGUCCAGCCCCUCCCCUACUUUCCAGCCUUUCCCACUGUCCAGCCCCUCCCCUACUUUCCAGCCCUUCCCACUUCCCUUCUGUCCAACCCCCUCCCCCACUGUCCAGCUCCCUCCCACUCCCCACUGUCCAGCCCCUCCCACCCCCCACUGUCCAGCCCCUCCCACUCCCCCACUGUCCAGCUCCCUCCGACUCCCCCACUGUCCAGCCCCUCCCACUCCCCCACUGUCCAACCCCUCCCACUCCCCCACUGCCCCUCCCACUCCCCCACUGUCCAGCCCCUCCCACUUCCCCACUGUCCAGCCCCUCCCACUAACCCACUGUCCAGCCCCUCCCACUCCCCCACUGUCCAGCCCCUCCCACUUCCCCACAGUCCAGCCCCUCCCACUAACCCACUGUCCAGCCCCCUCCCACUAA